AGUGACACGUUGCUAUUGCACUUGGCCGAUCGAGCCCUGCGAAAACCGAAAUUAAUUACGAAACAUAUUUAGCUACAAGCUAUCCAGCAAUCAUUGGCAACAGAUAACGUCUAUCGCUACGUUCGCAGAGGUGACCAAACAAUCGCGACGAAAAUUUCGAAUUCAUCGCCAAAUAUGCCAGGUAAAUAUAGAAUUCCUUGGUAACGCGCGAUGGGUUUGCUCCUGUCAGUCCUAGUGGCGUGCGUCGGCGUCAUAGAACUCAUCGCCUUCUUCCACAACGUGCAAAGACACCUGGUAUGGCCUCCAAUCCGCGCGGACCUGACACCCAUUGGCCUGCGGUACGCGGGCGAGCUAAAAAACGCCAGGCGACGGAUACUAGGUGACCUUCAGAGCCUGCAGGAGGCAGGCACCUCUUCCAGCGUCCCCACUUUGAAGAUCAACAGUCACGAAGACAUAGAAUUGGAAUAUGGUGAGGAUGUGACACGUUCUAGGAGUCCUAGCCCCAGAAGGUUCCUAGUUACCGAGAAAGAGGUGGUUACUAAGAGAGAUAACUCCCCUAGACGCUUCGUGGUAUCUGAAGAGGCUGAUGGCACUUUGAGGAAGUCCAAGUCUCGGGAUUCCAUUCCGGAGUUUCUAAUAAAGGAGGAGAAGAACCUCGAUAAAGCCCUCAACAAGCCAAGGUACGUGUUGAGGGAGCAACAAGGAAGCUCAGAGUCUCCUAUACCUCUUCCUAGGCAGUUCAUAGUCACUGAGGACGAGCUGAACACCGUGCUGUUCGAAGAUUCAGACUUCGAGGUUCCUAGGCGGUCUGCUUCUCCAUAUCCUCUCUUGGAGCUGCCUCACGUGCCGAGGAACAGCGUUUGCGAGGUGGCUGACAUUGCGGAGGAGGAUGAAGACGUUUGCAGGUCCAUUUCUCCUGUGCCUAGCGGUAAGAUUGAUGUCAUUUUGCGCAGCACCAGUCACGACACCACGGAGUAUUGGACUAAUAAGGUGCUGGUGGAGCCACCUGGUGGUCGGAAUUCUAAAUUGCGAUCUCAGCGGGUGAGGUCCAAGUCUGAACAUGUUGGGGAAACGCUAAUGGUUGAUGAGCAGUAUUUGGAUAGCCUGGAUGGUGUGGAUAAAGUUAAGAGUGUGCAGAAGUGUGGGGGUUCCAGAAGAUCAUUCAAGAAGAAAAAUAGUACAGAGAACAAAGCGUCUAAGGUUCAAGACAACUGUGAUGAUCAAUCAACUACAUCUGUUUUGACUCAUGCAGCUGAGGAGUUGAGGAAGGUUUCCUUAUCGGGAAAUAAAUCGGCAUUGGAAUGCAGUGAAGGAGUAGAGGAAAAACCUGGAGAGCCGUUUUGGUGCGCGGGUGCCGAAUCCUUCACCAUGGGAGACGUAGAGGUCAGCUCGAACUUCACCAUCACGGAGAAGAAGACGAAGAAAGUGAAGAAGACGACGAAGCAGCAGCGGCGGGGAAGCACCGAGACCAACGAGGUUACCAUUCAGGAGCUGAAGAAUGGCAAUCAGGGCGGCGAGUACACGAAGGCGAUGAACAAGGACUGGCACGGUCAGCACUUCUGUUGCUGGCAAUGCGACGAGAGCCUCACCGGCCAACGGUACGUCCUCAGAGACGACCAUCCGUACUGCGUCUCCUGCUACGAGUCGGUGUUUGCGAACGCGUGCGAGAAGUGCAGCAGGACGAUCGGCAUCGAUUCCAAGGAUUUGUCCUACAAGGACAAGCACUGGCACGAGGCGUGCUUCCUGUGCACCACUUGCGGCGAGUCCCUGGUGGACAAGCAGUUCGGAUCGAAAGGCGACAGGAUCUACUGCGGCAGCUGUUACGAUCAGCAGUUCGCUUCCAGGUCCAUCAGGUCCGUCAUGAGAUUCGCGAUAAGCGGAGUGGAAUUCUUCUUCUUCUUAUUCGUGGUCGAGUGCGAGGUGUAA